CGCAGUAAGCCCCUUGAUGUUUUUAUUUGUUUGAGCUGAUGGCAGUGUUGCCAAUGCUCAAAAAAAAAGUAUUUCAACUUGACAGUUGUCAUACUACUGUCACUAUUUGUCUAUUCUAUGUAGAUAUUUUUGUUAGUAAUAAUAAGUAUGGUACGGAAAUGAAAUUUCCAGGAAUUGUGUUAUAACCAACGUGCCUUGUUCUUGAAACAGAAGCUGAGGAUGGUUGUUUUCUCAUAAAUACGCUCCCAGUGAUACUAGUGAAUAAAAAAAACUUAAACGCUGUCAUUGCAUUACAAAUAUACACUAUUAAGAAAUUUAAUCAACAAAUGGCAAGUUUCAAAUACUUGCUUUGUAUGGCCGACUGUAAAAGCGGCUGAUACUAUUAAUUUAUCAAAAAUGAUGGAAACUCGGUAUUACGAAGGAUGCGGGCGAGAAGGCCCCAUACGAUGUAUCUUUUUGGGUGAAUUUCAUCCCGUAGCUGGCCCAAAAAUUGCUUGUCAGUUCCCAGAAGAUUAUAUAUCGAAAGAAGUAUUUGAUUCUAUAAGUGCCUUUAUCAUCCCCAAGCCUCAGAUACAAAGAUGCACAAUGACAAUAAAUGCUCUGGGCCAUAAAAUAGUGGGCUACCCCAUCCGGAUAGACAGCUCGCGCUACGAACGGAACGCGUACCUCUUCAACCUCUGCUUCGUGUGUGACAGCUGGUCCAAAACUGUGCAGUAUGAACCGGUCGUCAAGAAACUUGGAGAACAUUUGACCAUAAUGGAGGAAGAGACGCGUUUCGUGUCGAGCGGGGCCACGCGGCUGCCCACGCUGUUGGCGCACCUGCUGCACGAUCUCAACACGCACCGCAAGUCGACGCUUGUCGAAGGCGACACGGUGAUGCACCUGAAGGUGGUGGAGGUGCGCGCAGACCCGGCGCCCGUGCACGACCACGACGUGCCCGUGUGGGUGGCGAGCGUGGGCAUGCCGCGGCCGGGCGCGCCGGGGCGCCGCGCGCCGCGCGUGCCCGCGCGCGCCUCGCCCGCGCGCCGCGCGCAAGAACAGCACCUCGACAGCGACGUGCCCGUCGACGUCGACAUCAACGACGACUGGGAUCUCACUACCCGACAGAUUUUACCGCACAUUACCGGUUACAACCACGUGUCUCAGAUCGCAGCUGACACUAACGUGGAGAAGACUUUGGUUAAGUCUUGUAUUCAAAACCUUGUCUACUAUGGAGUGGUGACAUUGAUACCAGUGAUUAAAUUUACAAACAUGUACAGAGCUACUCCAAACCUUAGCCGCCUGUUUAGCGACAAGGAGUUACAGAAGUCAUGUUUGGCUUUCAUCACCAAAGGAUCAGAUAGCAAGGAAAAGCCGACGAUAUCUGACGUGUUGGAGAUGCUGUGCGCACUGCAACAGGGCACGACGCUGCGCGCCGUGUGCGAGCGACACGCAGCCGGCGCGCGCGCUGCUUUCGACGUGCGUCGCCUAGUGCUGUACGCGCAGCUGCACGGCCUCAUCAAGUGCCUGAAGAGGUUUCCAGUGUACAUCAGGACGCCGAGCCGCGGCGUGGGGUUCGGGCGCGGGGAGGCGCUGGGCAUCCGCCGGCUGUUCACCGGCCGGCACUGCGCCGACGAGAUCUGCUGCCUCGCGCGCAUCGACCUGCCCACGCUCGACCAGAUCAUCGAGGACGACCCCAACGUCGCCGUCAUUUGGAGAUAAACUAUCAGGCUAAGCCCUUGCACGAUACGUCCAGUGUCUAUGGGUCGGUAACUUAUGUAAGAUUAAAGGUUAUGCGCCUUUCCUGUAAACAUCGUAAAAUACAUUGAUUUUAAAUGCCUAAUGUCCUUACUGGACCCGUACAGGCAUAUUUGAACCUUCUGUUUCUAUUAAAUUACAAUUAACUAUUGUAUUUGGGUAUAGUUUACUGAGGCUUACACAAUAGUUUACGGGAAAGACGCCAGUAACAGCCAGGCACGCUACUUACUACUUACAUAAGACCCAUUAGGUAUAUAAAUUUAUCUAUAGAUAACGUUCGUUUUGCAGUGGUUAAAAAGAAACUUGACUGUCCUGGUCUGUGUCGGGUUACACUAUUUUACGAAAUGUAUCAGCUAAACCGCUGGUGGGCACUAUUUGCUUGUUGCACUAGUUGCAGUACAUUCCCCAGUGGCAACAACUCUGCUAAAAUGGGGCUUAGAUAGGAUCUUCACUUCAUUAAAAAAGUUAAUUUAAAAAUGAAAAAUGAUUUAUUGGCUACACAAUAGGUUUUUAAGUAGAACUAGUACCAAAACAAGAACCUUCUUUUAAGUAAAACAAAUACUUGUGCCAGAGGGCUCCUCUCCUCCAAUACUACAAAUGUAUAAUGUAUAUGAUGAUGAUGAUGAUGUUUGGUAGUAGGGUGGUAUAUAGGAGGAGGAGGUAUAUAGGAGGCAUUUCUGUCACGUCUUUAUAGACUAGUAUUAAAAAAACCGCCUGGAUAAAAGUAACGAUAAAAAACUACUUAGGCUUCAUCAGAGGGGGCGGUACCAUUUAUCUUAAUUACUCCGAAAAUAUACCCUGAUAUCCGAAAAUAUACAACUACACAUGUUUUCAUAUAGUCUACUUUCCGUGUGAUUUGUUUUUUAUGGCAUUUACCCAUGUUUAAAAUCAAUGUAAUUGUUAUGCUAUAGCCUCCUCUUACUAGACAGUUGGCGGCAGGCAUGGUACCAUUUCGGUAUGUACACUGUUUUACUGAAUUAUCGAUUUUACACCCAUAUUUUAAAUUGAUAAUUUUGAUAAACUAUGAGUGUAGAUGCGAUAGCAUUGAUGAAUUGAGUAACGUGUUUCGACAAUACUUAGGUAUAAUUUAUUAUCUCAGUUUGACAGUUUGAGAGGUUUACACGGUCACACUACAUGUGUACAUGCGAUGAUGAUAAUGCGAUUACUACGUAAAUGUGAGAUGGAUCUUUAUAUUUGUGUGUAUCCAUAGGUGGAGGUGAUAGUCUCGAAUUUUGAGCUAAACAUUGGUAGCGUGUUCACAAGCGUCGUUUUGAGUAUUAUUGAUUCUAAGGGAGGCUCUUUGUACUUUAGUAUUAAAGUACGCUUGGUGGAUUUAACAACCGGAGUUGCCUUUAAGAGCUUACCCCUCAGUCGAAAAUCUCGGCCAAUUGUCAUAUGUAUUGUAUUAAUUGACGUUUAUCUGACGUGGCUAUUUGUGUACGUUACGUAGAAAUAGUCCUACAUUUGACGUGCCCCUCCCUCGCAAAAAUCGGCAGACUGGUUUUGUACAGAAAAUUACAGACAAGGCGUCUCCAGUUGUUAAAUCCUCCAAGAAAAAAAGGGUUAAGGUGUUACAUUUAUAGUAUCAGUGUUAUUUCAUAAGUCGUAUUUAUAGAACGUGUAUUUUAAUGAACAAGAAAAGUGUCUUAGGGAAUUUCGACUGAAAAAGUAUUAGACGUACCUAGUAUUGCAGUUAUACACCGUGGGCCCAUAUAACCCGACAGAUUUUAAGCACGCAUUCCUAAGGUUAAGGAGCAAAUAUGUUAUACGACUUGAUCUAAUUCAGUAAAAAAACGCGUGCGUGUGUAUGUGUUUUCUGCACACGACACGCUAUUUCUUUUUACAUCUUGGCGAAAAAAAAAACAUUGCAACGAAUAAGUUCUCUUUUUUUAUUUUAUUUAACGAAAAAUUUGCGAGUAUCCUUUAAAAUUUUAAUACUUGUCAGUAGGUAUGUUUAAACGCUCACGGUGUAUAACACUAACAUUAGGUUCCUUAUAACUGGUAAUUGGAGGAUGCCUAUUUAGUUAUUUUUGGUGCAGCUGGUGUAAAAUAGACAUCAAACAGCACCAUACGUUUUGGCUCCGUUGACGUCUUGACGUGUAAUAGAUACCGGAAGACUAUUUAUUGAAAAGUAAACUACCUAUACAUAGGUAAAAAAAUAAAAGUAGUACCAUCGCCCAACUGUUAACUGUCCAUCGGUGGACCUUAUUACAGAAGGCAUUGUGUCCACCGAUGGACAGUUAAGAAUGUUGGUGUUUGUACGAAUACGAGAGGUGAAAUAUGUGGAUUUUGGUAGAAAUGUUUAUCGCUGAUCACUAUUUUAUAGAGUGAGUAUAGUAUUGUUCGGUGGUUGGUGGUGUAGGUGUACGGCCUCUGCAGGAAAGAUGACUUGUCGCGGGACGUGUUCACACGAAUCUAAUUUAUUAUGUUAGUCAUAUGAAAGUUUUAUUUAUUUAAAAAAAUGAAGUGGGUACUUAAGUUACCUAUAAAAUUUUAGGUCCUUAUGUUUUUCGAAACUUUGGUGAAAAUAACCUUAUCACUUUCUGAUAAUUUAUGGAAUUUAGUUGUGUACGAACAGUUAAAAAAAUAUUUAAUUGGCUAUGCCAUCGAUGGAGACGCGUGAUGUUCAAUGUGCAGCAUUUAGAUAAUGUUACGUGAUGUUUUACCAAACUAUUGGUAUGUGGCUGGAUGACGACAUGGAAUCUACCUAUUCAUUCGAAACAUCGUACCACGAUGAAUGAAUCCUUAUUUGCAACACAGCUUUGUUCACAAUAUUUACUUAUUUGUUGCGCAGUGACGAUUGUAUUCGGAACUGAUGGUGACGCACUGUGUUUGAAUGAACAUUUCAUUUAUUCUGUCCCAUUAUGGCCGAGUGACACGAGGACAAAAUAUGAUGAAAAGGAGGCUUUAAGUCAUACAGGAAUUUAGGUUUUUUCUUUUCAAUUCCUGAAAGGAAGCACUUUAAUGAAACAAAGAUCUUUUUGGAGUAUAAUAAAUUAGCGUUCUGCAUUCUGUAGGUACUUUCAGGAAAAGAAGAGAAAAUCGUGUUUCUGUAUCUGCACAACCAUUAAUUAGAUAGCUACCUAUUAGGGCCACGACCUAUCAAUCCGAUCAGUUAUACUUGUAAACUUAUUCUCUCCCUCGGAAUUACGUAAAUUAUGACGCGUGAGAGGAAAUUUCUCGGGAUUUACUAAUAUGCUAUUGAAACAAACAAGACGUCAUACCAUUGGUAAUGAUUGUCAUACUUUCAAGGUAACAUAUUGAUCAUAAAAGUAGGAAUAACCAAAACGAUGAUCGAUUCGUUACCACCAAUACUAACGUAUACGAGUAUUUAAUAAUUAAUUGUAACCUUGUGAUGAAAUUUCGAACCUUGAUUGUGAUAUUUAUGUCAAGUAUGCAUGUAAGAAGCAUGAAGGUUUCAUCUGGAAAUACAUAAUGUAAUUUAAUUAUUUCUAGUGCAAAAUAUAUAUUGUAUAUUUUUAGAGAGGAGAGGAGCAAAUUUAAUCACUGCCGACUAUCACGGCCGUUGAAAAACAAGGGUCUCAAAAAAAUAAUAAUAAAUGAGGCAUAGUAAACCUCAAAAAUCGCUAAGGACCGUAUCGUUAAUUAUGGAAAUAAGUAUACUGACAUAAUUUGUGUUAAUGUUAACACUUUAUGUUAUGGCAAAAAUAUUAAAACUAUGAUAUUCUUGUAUCUUUAAACAUAAUAAUAAAAGUUAACUUAUUAAGCUAUUGCUUCCCUCGGCCAGUAUUUGAAUUUAAUUUUGCUGUUCAUCAUUGGCUCUUGGACAGCAAUUAUAUUGACGGUUUUUUGAAUACGAAUACGUUAGUUUGAUUUACAAGCCUUUACCUUCAUCAGAAUUCAAAAUCCUUAAAUGGGCCUAAAUCAGGUAAUUCGGGGUAUUAAACAUUUUCCCCGUAUAUUCAUCAUAUUUUUUUCGCACGAGGUUAAAUCAGGCCAGAAUAAUGUAGGACCCCUGUGUUUUCCAAUGCGCGACAGCGCUCGGUUUUGAAAACAUUUCUCCUUGUAAAUAUUCGAAGUUAAGUUGUCAUUUAUGAAAAAUAAGGAUUUUUUUGUAAAUAGUGAACUUGAAAUGUCGUAAAUAGACACAAUAAUAGAAAACAAGAAAGUGAUUUCAGCGUUUUUAGAUAUUUAUUCUCUAAGGGAGUUAUAAUGGCUUUAUGAAAAGUUUGUAUUAAUCCCCUAAAUUGGUGAAAAUAUGGUUUAAAGUUAGUAUAGGGAGCGAACAUAUAUUUUUUUAAAUAGUUGACUUGAAAAUCCUCUGAGGGGGUAAGAGGGAUUUUAUCGAGAACAAUUCUUUUCAGUUAGGGGCGUGACACGUGUAGGUUGUGACUGACAAAUCUCAUGCUUUGUAUAAUAAUUAACAGAUGAUUAACCGUCCCUACUGCUAUCUUUUGCUGCAUACUAAUCUAUGGUCCUGUCGAAUAUAUAACCACCAACAUUCAAACCCACGCGUACGAAGGCAACGGUAAAGGUACGAAGGCUCGCGGGCAACAGCUAGUCAUGUAUAGCUACCCAAUCCUUUAAAAUAUUUGGCCACAAUUGAAAGUCGUUGAUUUAUGGAAAUCCCUCCAUUUUGUAAUUUACAAGCAUUUAAUAUAUUUUCUUCUAUUUUAUUCGAUAGAUUGGUAUACAUCACACAGCACAAAAUAUUGUCACUUUUUUCUGAGCAUCACUAACUUAUUUCGAUAAUUAACGACACGGUCCUUAAAUUACCUCCUACAAUACAAUCCUGUCAAUUUUAUUGAUUUGAGUUAUAGUUGUUAGGUCAGUGCGACAGUAUCAACAGUACUGGAAUGUUUUGAGGCUUGCUGUGAUAUUUGCCCUAUUUGAUGAUGAGUCUCCAGCGAAAUUGUCAGUAUUAUUUAUGAGUACCUAUAUUAAGACUUGUUAAGAUGCGUGUGAAGGAGAACUCGUUUGAUCACCGCGACACCUUACAUAUAUUAAGAGGCCGUACAUAAUUUGAUUAAUUUAUUAAGUGCGAAUUAGUCUUUCUUGCCCCCAAAAGUUAAUAUUGGGAUUGAUAUUACCUAUGAAACUGGCGUUUUUGUUCAUAAGUAUUAGUCAUGUCAUAUGUAUUAGUUAUGUUUAUUUAUUUUAAUAGUAACUUCGAAGAAUUUUUAAUUUCAUUAGUGCGUUACAUAACAACGAUUUUACAUACAAUUAUUUGCUACUUUUAUUGUUUUAUGUAUACAGAAUACCGCCCUGAAAACAGCUCUUUUCAUGUGCUUUUGGCUCGAGUAUUAAAAUGACUUAUAUUUUUCAGACGGGACAGAUAAAAAAAAUAUGAGAUAGAAAAUAUGACUUAAAAAUGUCUCAGAUUACUGGCAAAAAUUUGUUUGGUUUGAAAAUGCUAUCACAAAAUAAUCCGUAAAAUUCAUUGUAUGAAAAAUCGAAUUUCGUUAAAGUUCUCCAUUAAAAACGCCAAUUUCAUACGUAAUGGUAAUGACCUAAUAAAACAGGAGAGAAUUAAAAACCCACGAUUUUUUGAUUGCUUUGAAUUUAUGUUGUUGAAGAAAUAAUGAUUAUUGUUCGGUACUGUUCCCUAUUUGUAGCGUUUCGCCGACGUAUGGGCGUUAACGAUUUAUGUGAUGUGACAUGCAUUAGCAAUAAAUAAUUAAUAAGGUAACUAAUCUAAUAUUGUAUCUUGUCAACUAGUUACAUAUCAUGUCCGUCAAACUUAAUGAAUAUCUGUGUCUGCCACAGCGCAUUAUUUUUAAAACAUUAUUCUUGCUAUGUCGACAUGUCGCGCCAGUGACAAAAAAUUCGCGAUGUAAACCGUAAAAUUAUUUUAAUGUGUAUGACUCGACAUUUUCAAUUCGAACAUGAUUCCUGUCUAGAGUGUACCAAGUGGGCGCACAAUGGGACGCGUGUAACUAAAUUGUAUUUCCAGGUUUUCUAUUGUUAUGUAUUUCAUUUUAUAAUAGUAAAAGAUCAUCUCAUUCA